CAGAAGUCAAAAGCAAGGUGCUGGGAGGGAGGGUCGCUGCCUCUGGGGGAGCAGGGAGAGCUCCCUGGGAAACAGCAUCCACGGCUGCCUGCAGCCUACUCACGUUCCUUUGGCCCCUAGCGAGCCACAGAGGAAUUCUCGGGAGCCUCAAGUUUGGGUGUGAAUGUGAACUAAUUUCCAUCAUAAUCAGAAAUGGAUAAGCCUGUUCUGGACCAUCUGGAGAGCCACCAGGUACCUACUAUGGAGCCUGAUCAACCUGUGCAACACCCAGGGGCACCACAGUCAACCUCCCCAGGGGACGGAGGGGACAGUUCUUCAUCACUGCCCAGUCAGAAUGGCCUGGAGACGCCCGACGGCCAGAACUCCUCAACCCCACUCCCAGAACCAGAGAAAGAGGCCCAUGUGCAGCCUGAAAAGGCAGCUCGGGAUAUCUCUGAAGAGCUGAACCAACAGCUGGAGGACAUCAUAAGCACGUACAGGUCCCCUGCUGACACGGCAGGGCAGGAGGGCCCUGGCAAGGCCAAAGAGAAGGCAGAGUCCCCCGACCACGAGGAGGGGGACUUUGAAGAGACCAUGGAAGAGCCUGAAAGGGAGGCUGCUUCUGGAGAGCCACCUGCAGCCAAAGAGCCUGUCAGCAAUAAAGAGCAAAAAUCGGAAAAGAAAAUCCUAAAGGGAUUAGGCAAAGAAGCCAACUUGCUAAUGCAGAAUCUGAACAAGUUGCACACGCCUGAAGAAAAAUUUGAUUUUCUAUUCAAGAAGUAUGCUGAAUUGCUGGAGGAACACCGCACCGAGCAAAAGGCAUUAAAGCUCCUACAAAAGAAACAGGUACAAAUCCAAAAGGAGAAGGACCAGUUGCAGGGUGAGCACAGCAGGGCUGUCCUCGCGAGAAGCAAGCUGGAGAGUCUGUGCCGGGAGCUGCAGAGACACAACAAGACCCUGAAGGAGGAAACGCUCCAGCGGGCACGUGAGGAAGAGGAGAAGAGGAAGGAGAUCACAAACCACUUCCAGAGCACACUGACGGACAUCCAGGCCCAGAUCGAGCAGCAGAGCGAGCGGAAUAUGAAGUUGUGUCAGGAGAACACGGAGCUGGCUGAGAAGCUCAAAAGCAUCAUCGAUCAAUACGAGCUCCGAGAGGAGCAUCUGGACAAAAUAUUUAAACACAGAGAACUGCAGCAGAAGCUGGUGGACGCCAAACUCGAGCAGGCGCAAGAAAUGAUGAAGGAAGCCGAGGAGCGGCACAGCCGAGAGAAGGAAUAUUUGCUGAACCAGGCAGCAGAGUGGAAGCUUCAGGUCCAAGUGCUGAAGGAGCAGGAGACGGUCCUGCAGGCUCAGCUCACUCUCUACUCGGGGCGGUUUGAAGAGUUCCAGAAGACACUGACAAAGAGCAACGAGGUGUUUGCCACUUUCAAACAGGAAAUGGACAAAACAACUAAGAAAAUGAAGAAGCUGGAAAAGGACACCGCCACGUGGAGAGCCCGCUUUGAGAGCUGUAACAAAGCCCUGUUGGACAUGAUCGAAGAGAAGGCGCUGAGGGCGAAGGAGUACGAGUGCUUCGUGAUGAAGAUCGGGAGGCUGGAGAAUCUCUGUCGAGCUUUACAGGAAGAAAGAAACGAACUCUACAAAAAAAUCAGAGACGCCAAAAGGCCCGAGAAGGGUGAGGGGAGUCAGCCCCCCUCGGACGAGGAGCCGGAGCCCGGGGUCUCCGCGAACAGGGCGGGCGCUGACGCCGAGGGCGCCGGCGGGGCUCGGGGCGGGGCCCGGGGCGGGGUCCGGGGCGGGGUUCAGGACGCCGUGCAGAGCCUGGCUGCGGCCCUCGCGGCCAUCCGCCAGCUGGAGGCACCGCGCGACCGGUCCCGAGCGCUCCAAGCCGAGCCGGGAACCCCGGGGACGGGCGGGGACUCCGUCCUCGCGGCGCUAGGCCGAGCCCCGCCGAGCCCCUCACUGGAGCCGGAGCGCCCCCUGCUUUCCCCACCUCCGCAGGCUGAGGCCGAGGGAGGCGCGGAGGCAGGGCCGCCCCCCGGGAGCAGCACUCCCCCGGCCGGGCUGGGCACCCAGGCGCAAGGCCAAGUCCAGGGCCUCCCCGCUGCAGCCGAGGCUGGCCAGCAGCCCUGGACGGCAGCGGAGGAGGCAGCUUCCCGUCGAGCCCCGGAGGCCCCUCCAGUGACGCCAGCAAACGGCCCGGCCCCAGCAGGCGAGCAGGCCCGGGGCCCCGAGGGGGAGCCCAGCGCACAGCCCCCGCCCCCGGCCGCAGGGACCCCCGGGGCGGCCGCCGACCCGGAAGGCGCCGACUCGGCCUCCCCCAGCCUCUGAGGCUGCGCGUCCUGGCACAGCGCGGCCGCCGCGGGAGCCUGCGGGGCUGCGGGGGCGAAAUGGAAGCGGAGAUCGGGGUGCAGCCCUUCACAUGGCGCGCCGGGCACGGCAGCCUCUGCUGUUUGUUCUCAGUCGAUACCUGGAGCUUUUCUAUUUCACACUGGUUGAUAGUGAUGAUUUCCCCAGAUGGCCCCAAAAUAGGGCAAUAGCAAAUUUGUAUUAAUUUGACAUUAGGUAGGUAUUGACUUCAGUUCCUUAAUCAAUAGUAAGAUUUGGUGUUUGAAGACAGCGGUUACAAUAUAUCAUUACUGAAAAUGUGAUGUUCUAUUUAUUUCCAGCUAUCAUUUAAUAAGCUCCGUAGUAAGUAACAGAUGUUCCAUAUCCCAUUUAAACAGUAUAUGCGUGACCUAUACAUGUGAAUGCAUAUAUGUGUGUAUAGUUACACAUACAAAUACGUGUGUAUUGAUAUAUAUGCAUAUGUGUGUGCAUGUGUGUAUACAUAUAUGUAUAUAGUAUACAUGCCUAUGCAUCCAAAUGUAUCUAUUAAACAUAUAUUUCCCUCACCCAUUUGGCAAUUUCCAUCUCUGUAAAAUAGGUAGAUGCUAAUCAAAGAAGGAGCUUUACCUUGUCCCUGGGACCGCAGUAAAUGGGUGCUCUGUCAAGCAGCAGCAGCAGAACACAAGUAUUUAGCCCACCAUUGUGUAACCCAGCGGAAGAUAAUCAACUGACUGCUCGAUCAAAUGAGAGAACAGCAGCUGUGGG